CCAUUAGAAGGCAAUCCAGAUGUAAGUUGCUGUUAUUUUUUCUCUCUCUCUCUCUCUGUUCCAUUAAGCCCAAAUGUGAAUUGCGUCCUCACAAGCUAGAACAUUCCUGCAGGUCUCGAUCACGUUUCUUAUUACACUUUCUCUCUUUUUCAAUCUGAUUGUAGCUCGUUCAUUCCCAUGGUGUAAGUUCGGCAUGGAGUUAUACCGAUGUAUACGGUUUCGAUGCUGAGCUGCUGGAUAUGAUCCCACAUCCUGUCACUGCAUUUGUAUUUCUUUUUCCCUUGACUGACAACUAUGAAAAGCACAAGGAAGAGGAAGAGGCUCGCUUGACAAAGCACGAACAAAAUGUGUGCCCCGAUGUCAUCUUCUUCAAACAGACGAUCGCCAACGCCUGUGGUAUGAUUGCUUUGCUGCAUUCGUUAGCUAACAAUGAUUCGAUCGUGGGUCCGGGUCUUUUUCGCAAUUUGAUUGAUCAAUCCAAGGAUAUGUCGCCGGAAGAGCGAGCUGAGAUGCUUGAGAAUUCCAAGGAAUUGGCGGAUAUCCAUAAGACAUGUGCCCAGGCCGGUCAAACACAAGUACCGGAUGCGAGCGCAGAGGUGGAUUUGCAUUUCAUUUGCUUUGUUGUCAAGGAUCAGCAUCUGUAUGAGCUGGAUGGGCGUAAACUUUUUCCGAUCAACCACGGCAAGUGCCUGGAUUUAGUGGAGGGAGCUGCCAAAGUGAUGCGACAAUAUAUCGCCCGCGAUCCGAAUCAGACUAGCUUUAGCGCCAUUGCCUUGACAAAAACUCCUGAACAAUAAGCUACAUUAUCCAAAUUCUACACAGAUUACGUUAGAUAUUUCGCACAUUCAAAAUAAUAACAAUUGCACACUACAUACCAGCUUCCUUUACUGCUUUCUCUUUAAGCUGAAUGUGGAGUUUCGCGUAGAGAGUAAUUGGUCGUAUAAACGUACACAGACUGGACAAAUUGCGUAUAUGUG